UCUCUCUCCUCUUACUGGCUAUACUUGGACGGUUAAACGUUAAACAGGGAAAUUUAAUUUAUUCAGGCUGGAUUCACUUAUUUUUGCCAAUGGAUGGAGAUUAUUUUCCAGUGAGGGCAGUGACGUCUUAAAAAAUCCACACACUGUGCUGCGUGCUGCCGCUGAGGAUUGCAGAGGGAUGGAUCAGCAAGGAGGUACAGGAGGCAGAACUGAAAGCCCCAGUCUAAGGGACAACACCAGCUCAGAGGAGCAAGAGGACAGCCCCAUCACCGGCGGUCCUGUGCCGUGUAAAUUGAGCCGUCUGGAGGUCAACGGAAAUCCAGGAGCCCUGCAAGCCCAACAUAAUGGCACACUACUCAGACCACUAGAAGGUCUGAUGAUCCCAGUUUACUGUGUAGUGGAGCAUGCAGACAUGACUGUGGCCAGUGAGUGUGGGGGGCGUGGUGACCAUCAUGCUGAGUUUGUGCUGGUUCGUAAGGACGUCCUCUUCACCCAGCUGGUGGAGACGGCACUGGUUGCCCUGGGAUACUCACACAGAUCAGCAGCCCAGGCACGUGGUAUUAUUAAAGUGGGCCGGUGGAAGCCCAUGCCAAUCCACUACCUGACAGAUGCUCCAGAAGCAACAGUGGCUGAUAUGCUGCUCGAUGUUUACCACAUGGUUACACUGCGUAUUCUACUGCACAGUUUUUCUCGGCUGGAGGAGCUGCCGUCAGAGCAAUGGAGCCACGCCACAGUGAGGAACGCCCUCAAAGAACUACUCAAGGAGACCAACCAGAGCGCACUGGCCAAGGAAUGUCCUCUCUCACAGAGUAUGAUCUCAGCCAUAGUGAACAGCUCCUACUAUGCCAACGUCUCCACCGCUAAAUGCCAGGAAUUUGGACGCUGGUACAAGAGGCACAGACGGAUCCACGGUGAACACAGUGAGAAGCUGUGGUCAGCGCAGGACAAAUCAGACAUCAAAGUAGAGAGGGAUUUGGACCUCAACAUCGUCAGCCAGCGUCCCCCUUCUCUGUUACCUUCCCCCACACAUUUGGGCCCCCUGAACAGUCCGAGACUACUUCCUAUCAAAACUAGCCUCAGAGACACUCAGAGCCUCACCCAGCCUCACUGUUUGCCCCACCCCACCAGUCAGCAUCACCACAGUCCUCCACUGCGUCCACAGGCUCCACCUCUUCUAGGACAUGCUGGGCUUCUACCCCCUCAGUUUUCACGUCAGCAGCUUGCCAUGGCCCAUCUUAUCAACCAGCAGCUGGUUGUCAGCCGCCUGCUGGCCCACCAACACCCGCAGGGUGUUAACCAGCAGUUCCUCAACCAUCCACCUAUCUCACGAAUUUGCAAAGCUCCUGGAGGGCCCACUGAGACAGGCAUCAUCAUGAGUCCAGCUGAAGUGUCCCCUGAAAUUUAUCAGCAUGUCAGGAAUGAGCUGAAGAGGGCCAGCGUGUCCCAGGCUGUCUUCGCCCGUGUGGCUUUUAAUCGCACACAGGGCCUCCUCUCAGAGAUCCUUCGUAAGGAGGAAGAUCCUCGCUCUGCUUCACAGUCGCUGCUUGUCAAUCUGAAAGCCAUGCAGAGCUUCCUGAGCCUGCCAGAGGCCGAGCGCGACCGCAUCUACCAGGAGGAGAGAGAGAGGGGCAACCAAAGCCAAAACCACACUACCAACCACAUCACACACACCACCACACAUAGAAACCACAGCCAAACUAAGUGUAGUGUGGUUGCUGAGGUUCCUCUGAAGCUGGAGUCACUGGUGAACAUCACACUGGGGAUCUACGAGGAAAUCCAGCAGGAGAUGAAGCGGGCAAAGGUCUCCCAGGCGCUGUUUGCCAAGGUGGCUGCCAAUAAAAGUCAGGGCUGGUUGUGCGAGCUGCUGAGGUGGAAAGAGAACCCAAGCCCUGAGAACCGCACGCUGUGGGAGAACCUCUGCACUAUUAGGAGAUUCCUGUCCUUGCCGCAGUCUGACAGGGACCACAUCUACGAAGAAGAGUCCAGGCAGCAACACAGCGACCGGCUCCACAAUGUCCACACUGUGCUGCACCUUCCGGACCAGCAGGUUCUCCACAGACAGCUUCUACCACCACUCACAAUCCCAUCUCCUGUUCGUGAAGACCCACAUGCCUUACCAUCUUUGCAAGGCCCACAUGAUGGGCCUCAACGUGGGAAGAGCCCUGGCCUAGGAGGUGGAGCCACAGGGCCAAAGAAGGCCCGUUCACGAACAAGGAUUUCCCUGGAGGCCUUGGGAAUCCUGCAGAGCUUCAUUGGUGAUGUUGGCCUGUACCCCGACCAGGAGGCCAUCCACACUCUGUCAGCUCAACUGGAUCUGCCAAAGCAUACAAUUGUUAAGUUCUUCCAGAACCAGCGUUACAAUGUCAAGCACCACAACCAGGGCAGGGAGCCUUUACACGGAGAAGACAGCAGGGAGAGCUUGUGUCACAGUGAGGGAGGUAUUGAUGUUGUCAUGUCUCGCAGUGAAGAUGGGCUCUCUGCAUCCGAGGAGUCAAGCGAGGAUGGAAGAGGCUCAGUGGAGGUGCUCAGAUCAGAGGCAGGAGGAGAAAGAAAAGAAAUGCAAGUCGGGAAGGAAGAUGGACAAGGGCCAGCCACCUCCUCCCUGUCCCCAUACAGCAGUCUAGACAGCCCUGAACAACAGAGAUAACAGAAAGAAAUAAGAUCAAAAGAUGCAAACUGUGAAGCAAAACUCACACAGAGAAGCCUCUGUGGCAUUGUGAAAAAACAAACUUUCAUCAUCAAUAUAAUCAUCUUCACCACAACUAAUGAUCCAUCAACUGAUAGAGGGAGGUUGAGGUUAUGCAAUCACCCUGUCUGCUUUUCAGCAACAAGAAAUUUAUUGGGAUGAUGGCGUUUGAGUCAUCCAUAUACAAUCUUUUUUUUUUUUCCUUUUAUCUAUUUAUUUAUAUUAUCUCUUUAAAAAAAAACACCUUAUCGCAUCACAAAGAUAUAUAAAUACACACCCUUUACAGUUAGUAGGCAUUGUCCAUUAUUACUGGCAGCAGUAUUUAUUGGGAUUUUUGAAGCAGAUUUGGAACUGAUAGGGCAUUGGGAAGAGUCUGAUUGUUGAAGGUACUUGCUUUUAAGAGUUGUAGCUUUAAUCUAUGAGUGUGGGGGUGACAGAUUUAGAGUUGAGUGGGUGAGAACCAGAGUCUAUGUAUGCCACAAAUUUCAGAUUUUUAGAAAAACAAGUUCAGUGUUCCUGCCUUCAGAUGUUUGCCAGAUUAUUAUUUUUUUGUUUGUUUAUGUUUAAAAGUAACUUAUAUUGACGCUAAAUACAUACACUACCAGUCAAAGGUUUGGAUGCACUUUCCCAUUCAACUGAAUGGGAAAGUGUGCCUUUAACUUUUAGUGUAUGUUAAAAACCAACUCAGUCUCACGCCAAUUCGCAAAAUGAAAAUUUAAUCUAUUAGUUUGUGAUACAAAAUUUGCCACAUUUUCGUGAUGGUAUCACAAAUUCAUUUCACGACAAUAUCACAAA